AUGAUCAGAUCAAGGUUUGAUAAAGCAGUUCCCAUGAUUGUUAAAUGUCUAAUUGUAGUUCUUUUUCUGAGAUUCAACUCCAUUUAUAGUUUGUCUCACCCUUUAGACCCUCUUUCCCCUGGUGAAAUCAACCAAACAAGGGACAUAGUUCAAGAGUUUUACCUUGGUGCUGUUCCUAACCUGACCUAUCAUUUCGUGGAUGUGGAAGAACCAGACAAAAAACAUGUCCUAGAGUGGUUAUCUUCAAAUACAGAAGACACGUCUACCAUUCCUCGACAGGCCAAGGUAGUUGUGCGAGCCAAGGGUGAGACACACGAGCUUGUAGUGGACUUAACCAAAGGAUCCAUUGUAUCGGAUAAAAUCUACACUGGUCAUGGAUACCCUCCUUACACAUUCAAUGAGCUUUUUCAAGCCAGUAAAUUGCCUCUUACGUACUCCAAAUUCAAGGAGUCAAUAACCAAAAGGGGCUUGAACUUGUCUGAAGUUUCUUGUGUACCGUUUACCGUAGGUUGGUUUGGAGAACAAAUCACAAGGAGAGCCCUCAAAGUGUCAUGCUUCUAUAGAGGAGGAUCAGUUAAUGUAUGGGCAAGACCUAUUGAGGGAAUCACAGUGCUAGUUGAUGUUGAUUCAAUGCAGAUUACUAGGUACAAUGACAGGUACAUUGCUCCUUUGCCUAAAGCUGAAGGUACAGACUUUCAAUCUUCAAGCAGCAACAGCAGGCCCAAAACAUCUGCUUCAUGUAACGUGUCAGAUAUUGGGUUCACCAUCAAGGGCCAUGAGGUCAAAUGGGCUAAUUGGGUUUUUCAUGUUGGGUUCAAUGCUCGGGCGGGAACAAUCAUAUCCACUGCUUCUAUAUUUGAUACCAAAAGAAACGAAUAUAGAAGAGUGCUAUAUAGGGGUCAUGUAUCUGAGACAUUUGUUCCUUACAUGGAUCCUACAGAGGAAUGGUAUUUCAGGACUUUCAUGGAUGCUGGAGAAUAUGGCUUUGGACGUGCAGCGGAUACCUUGCAACCGGGGGUAGAUUGCCCGAGCAAUGCAGUGUACAUGGAUGGUUACAUGACAGGGUCUAAUGGAGAGGUGCAACAGGUUCCCAGGGCUAUUUGCAUUUUUGAGAGGAAUUCUGGCAAUGUGGCUUGGAGGCACAUGGAAGUCAACAACCCUCAGAGAAUGAUAAGAAAUGGAGAACCUGAAAUUACUUUGGUAGUCAGAAUGGUUGCUACUGUGGGUAACUAUGAUUAUGUUCUUGACUGGGAAUUCUUAAGAAGUGGCAGUAUAAAAGUUGGGGUGGAUCUGACAGGCAUAAUGGAGAUGAAAGCAGUAGCCUAUACAGAGAAAAGUGAGAUAGAAGAAAGGGUGUUCGGAACAUUGGUGGCGGAAAACACUAUAGCCAACUACCAUGAUCACCACAUAACCUACUAUCUAGACCUUGACAUUGAUGAUAGCAGAAACACUUUCAUCAAUGGUAAGUUGCAAAGGGCAAGAGCAACUGGGUUUGGAACACCAAGGAAGAGUUACUGGACAGUGGUAAGAGAAAUUGCCAAGAGGGAAGCCGAGGGUAGAAUUCGGCUGGGCUUGGAGCCAGCUGAGCUGUUAAUAGUGAACCCCAACAAAAAGACAAAGCUAGGGAAUGAAGUGGGUUACCGGCUGAUCAGUGCGCAGCCAGUUACUUCUCUAUUGUCUGAUGACGAUUAUCCACAACAAAGAGCGUCUUACACUAAGUAUGGGUUGUGGGUGACUCCCUAUAACAGGUCGGAGAGAUGGGCUGGAGGGUUCUAUGCAGAUAGGAGCCGUGGAGAUGAUGGCUUAGCCGUUUGGAGCCAGAGGAACAGGGAGAUUGAAAAUACGGACAUAGUGCUAUGGCACACAAUUGGGAUCCAUCAUGUUCCUUGUCAGGAAGAUUUUGCUGCAAUGCCAGCAAUUCAUGGUGAAUUUGAGCUCAGGCCAGCUAACUUUUUCGAAAGUAGCCCAUUGCUUUGA